AUGGCGUCACGUUUCAGUACGCAUAAGGACCAUGAGGUCCCAGAUUUUUUUGCGCCAGGAGACCUGGAAGAAUUGAAAGAGCUUCCUUCAUUGAACUUGCUCUCCAGACCAUCGACGAGCUUUCCUGUAUGGUUCUUGCCCAAUAUCUUAGCCAUGCAGAGGACAAUGUGUCGGAGGCGUCGUGGGCUGAUGCUCAUGAUCCUCGGCCCGUUGUUCCUACACAGUGACAAGCGCAGACAGGUAUCUGAAAUCCUCGACGACCUGAGGGAGGACAACCUCCAGUCAGACCUCCCUAGACUCGUUGAGAUAGUGACCGGGCAAAGAGACCGGUCAUCUGCCAUUCACAUGCUGUACUUCUGCAUGGCCUGCUGUCGGAAGUUGCCUGGAGUGUGUUUCGCUCAAAUCAGCAUCAAGGGCCGAGCCAACAAGCCGCCAUACACCUGCACAAGCUGUCGUGUCAAAGACCUCGAGCGAGAGUUGCAGCGCGGCUAUGUUUCGCCAAAUACCAUGCAACGAUAUGAGGGGAUCAUGCGGGAUGCGUUGCUUACCAGAAAGCAUUGGUGUCUCUGGCUGCUUUGUCAAAAACCUCUGCAUACCUUUGCAGCUACUUUUGGAGAGACUAGGCCUAGGUCUCACUUUUGGAGCCUCCAAGCCGGCACACCUAUCUAUGGCGCCUCGUCGAGGACAGUGGCAGAUAGCACUGUCCAAUGCAGCAAAAACCCGGGCACAAUAUGGGAGUCUCUUCCUUCCGUUUCCCUCUGCCGUCAUCCGUCCUCGGUCUUCUGUUCCGAAUCUAUGCAGUCCAUCGUCCGUAGCAUUUACUGA